AUGUAUGUCUAUAAGAGAGACGGACGCAAAGAGCGUGUCCAGUUCGAUAAAAUCACUGCCAGAGUUUCGAGACUGUGCUACGGCCUGGAUGCUGAACAUGUCGACGCCGCCACCAUCACCCAGAAGGUCAUUGCUGGUGUCUACCAGGGUGUCACUACCGUCGAACUCGACAAUUUGGCUGCCGAAACCGCUGCCUACAUGACCGUUACCCACCCGGACUACGCUAUUCUCGCUGCCCGUAUCGCCGUCUCCAAUCUCCACAAGCAGACUAAGAAACAAUUCUCCCAAGUGGUCUCUGACCUCUACCACUAUGUCAAUCCUAGGAAUAAACGCCCGUCUCCCAUGAUUUCCAAGAGCACUUAUGAAACCGUCAUGCGCCACGCUGACGAGCUCAACUCCGCGAUUGUCUAUGAUAAAGACUUCAACUACAACUAUUUUGGAUUUAAAACACUCGAGCGUUCCUACCUUCUCCGUCUCGAUGGCAAGGUCGCUGAACGCCCCCAGCACAUGAUCAUGCGUGUCUCCGUCGGAAUUCACGGCGAAAACAUCGAAAAAGCCAUUGAAACCUACAAUCUCAUGAGCAGCAAGUACUUCACUCACGCCUCGCCUACCCUCUUUAACGCCGGUACCCCACAAGCGCAGCUUAGUUCCUGCUUUCUUGUGGCGAUGAAAGACGACAGUAUCGAGGGUAUUUAUGACACAUUGAAAACGUGCGCCUUGAUUUCCAAGACCGCUGGCGGUAUUGGUUUACACGUACACAAUAUCAGAGCUACUGGCUCAUACAUUGCCGGCACCAAUGGUACUUCCAAUGGCUUGAUCCCCAUGCUCCGUGUUUUCAACAACACCGCCAGAUAUGUCGACCAAGGUGGUAACAAGCGUCCCGGUGCUUUUGCCAUCUACCUGGAACCUUGGCACGCCGAUGUCUUUGACUUCUUGGAUUUGAGGAAAAACCACGGCAAGGAAGAGGUCCGUGCCCGAGAUCUCUUCUAUGCCCUAUGGAUUCCGGAUUUGUUCAUGAAGCGUGUUGAAGCCAACCUUGACUGGUCCCUCUUCUGCCCCAACGAGGCUACCGGUCUAGCAGACUGCUACGGCGAGGAAUUCGAGGCUCUCUACGAGAAAUAUGAAAAGACUGAGAAUCUUGCCCGCAAGACCAUCAAGGCUCAGAAGCUGUGGUAUGCCAUUCUCGAAGCUCAGACCGAAACAGGCAAUCCUUUCAUGCUGUACAAGGAUGCCUGCAACAAGAAGAGCAACCAGAAGAAUCUAGGUAUCAUCAAGAGCUCCAACUUGUGCACUGAAAUUGUGGAGUACAGCUCUCCCGAUGAAGUUGCCGUCUGUAAUUUGGCAUCUAUUGCGCUGCCAACUUUCGUCGAUGUUGUUCGCAACGAAUACGACUUCCAGAAAUUGCACGAGGUCACCAAGGUUAUCACUAGGAAUCUCAACAAGAUCAUUGACGUCAAUUACUACCCUGUCGAGGAAGCUAAACGCUCCAAUUUCCGCCAUCGACCCAUUGCCGUGGGCGUCCAAGGUCUCGCGGAUGCCUUCCUCGCCCUCCGCAUGCCAUUCGAGUCCCCCGAGGCUCGCCACCUCAAUAAGCAAAUCUUCGAAACCAUUUACCACGGUGCCGCAGAGGCUUCCGCAGAGUUGGCCGCCGAACAAGGACCUUAUGAAUCUUAUGAGGGAUCUCCGGCUAGCCAAGGGCAACUCCAGUAUGACAUGUGGAAUGUCACUCCAACCGAUCUCUGGGAUUGGGACGAACUCAAGGCCAAGAUUGCAAAGCACGGGAUGAGGAACAGUUUGCUCGUCGCCCCUAUGCCCACUGCCUCCACAAGUCAGAUUCUUGGUUUCAAUGAGUGCUUCGAACCAUAUACAUCGAAUAUCUAUUCCCGCCGUGUUUUGGCUGGCGAAUUUCAAGUCGUCAACCCAUGGCUCCUUCGUGAUCUAGUCGACAUGGGCUUGUGGAGUGACAACAUGAAGAACCGUAUCAUCGCUGAUGGUGGCAGUAUUCAGAAUGUCCCAAACAUCCCCGCCGACAUCAAAUCCCUGUACAAGACUGUUUGGGAGAUUUCCCAAAAGGUUGUUAUCGACCUUGCCGCCGAUCGUUCCGCAUUUAUCGACCAGAGCCAGAGUUUGAAUAUCCAUAUCAAAGACCCGACGAUGGGCAAACUCACCAGCAUGCAUUUUUACGGAUGGAAGAAGGGGUUGAAGACCGGCAUGUAUUAUCUGAGAACCAUGGCUGCGUCGGCAGCUAUCCAGUUUACAGUCGAUCAGGAGGCAUUGAAGAUUGAGGAUACAACUGUGGCAACACAGAGAACCACUAAGAGGAAUUUGGGAUUGUACCAAGGCCCAAUUAAUGGAAGCAACAGCGGUGGCAGCAGUUCAGCAAGAGCAGGUGUUCCCAGACCGAUGAUGGAAAGUAAAACUUCCGUUAACGGCGCAGGAAUCGCACCAGCACCCGGAACCAUCGAAGCCGCUACUUCUUCUUCUUCCGGAACAGGACUAAUCAACCCCACACAAACCAAGAUGAAGGAACCGUUCAAGGCAGAUCAAGAUGAAGGGGAGUCGCCGAAGCUGUUGACUACUAGCCCUCCGGUUGGACCCCAUGGUGAUGAAGAGUUGGGGGCAAAGAAGCUUGCGGCUUUGCAGUUGGAGGAUGUAGAUGAGGAGAGUGAAGACCGAGAAGGGGAUAUUUAUGCACAAAAGGUGUUGCAGUGCAGCAUUGAGAAUAAGGAUGCUUGUGUGAUGUGCUCUGGUUAA